UUCCUACGCCUUCUGCACGUCUACCGACCCGGGGUCGCUUCUUUCUUUCCGUCUUCACACUUGUCACUUGUGCCGCGCACGAUUAACAUGGUUCACAUCAAACUGCACCUGCUCGCGCUCCUCCCCGCGUUCCUCGCUAUCACGAGCGCCGCGCCGAUUCCCGGCCCCGACUCCGACUCCGACUCCGUUCCCGGCCACGUCCACGUCCACACCGGCACCGAGCUAGCCGCGCGCCAGUUCCGCGGCGGCGGAUUCGGCCCGCCAGGCGGCUUCUUCGGCGGCGGACCGCCUCCAUUCGCGCCACCCUUCGGCCAGCCUCCGUUCGGAGGCCAAGGACAGGCGGGACAAGCCCCACCCCCGCCCGGCGCGGCAGCUGGUGCAGGACAAGCCCCACCACCUCAGGCUGCCGGCGCGGCGGCCGGCGGCUUCCCACCGCCCCCACCCGGCGCAGGUCAGGCCCCACCCGGCGCAGCUGGCCAGGCCCCGCCGGCACAAUCAGCCGGCGGCGCCCCCCCGACUGGCGCAGCCCCUCCGGCCGGAGCGGGAGCGGGAGCAGCUCCAGGUCCGCCGCCUCCUCCACCCGCCGCGGGCCAAGCUCCUCCUCCGGCUGGCGCAGCCCCACCUCCACCACCACCGCCAGCCGCCGGCGCAAAUCCGCCCGCAGACGACGCGACCGCAGCUGACAACGCCGGCGCUGGUGCAGCAACUCCGCCACCUGCCGUUAACAACGCCGGCGCGGCAGAUGGGAAAGCGCCUCCUCCGGCAGCAGCGGGAGCCCCUCCGUCACCACCGACGGACAGAACCGGAGCCGGUGCGGCCGCUCCUCCCAAAACCGGUCAGGCGCCACCUGCAGGCGCGGUCCCGCCACCCGCGAAAGCAGCGAGCGCGGCAGCGGCCGCACCACCGCCCGCUCAGGCGAGCGUGGCGUCCAAGGCUGCUUCGGCAGGUGUGGCAAGCGCGACCAGUAGUAGCGCAGUAACCGUAGCCCCGCCGCCUACUGCCGGACCCGGUGCACCUGUAGGAGACACUUCGGCGGCUGACGCUGACGAGGACCCGACCGGCAUCGAUCCUACUGGGCAAGACGCUGACGACGGCGAGGCAGACGACGCAGGCGCAGAAGGUGAAGAUGCCGAGGGUGACGAUGUCAGUGAAGAGGACUCCGCUGACGAGCUGGACCCCGCUGAAGCUGCAAAAACUCCGGCCGACGACACGGACGCAGACGCAGAGGGGGGCGGCGAUGAUGAUGUCGAAUGA